AUGUUCGAAGAAAGUGAAGGAAAGUAUUUAUCGAACAGCAUUACCAGUUUAUAUAUUACUAUCUCUAAUAAAAAUGAUGCUAUUGAAAUCAUUAAGAAUACCUGGAAUACUACAAAACCUGCUGAUAAAUCAUCCAUUGUCAAAACUUUAGGAUCAUCAAUUGGAAGAUUAUUAACUAGAGACAUUUACAAUGUUUACAACAUCAUAGACAUUAAAGAUCAGCUUUAG